AUGGUUUUUUGGGUAAAUAUACCCAAAAAAGGUAUAAGUACUUGCUUGAGAGAUUUUGUUUACCACAAAUAAUUCAAAAUGCUUUUCGGGCUAGUGUUAGUUAGUUGCGUUACUCUGAUUGUCGGUCAAACUCCCUGUGACAACUUAAAAGCAACUUACAGGGUAUUUGGUUGUAAGCCGUUCUGUCCAAAUCGCGUAACGUAUUCCUGCGAUGUGGCACCGAUUAGAAUUAACUAUCAGCAGACUACGUGUUACUAUCAAGGGGAUGGAAAACAGUAUCAACCAGGAGAUAAAAUUCCUACUAAAGUGGUUUCUCAAGCGGGGACAUCGUGUAUUUAUACCUGUGAUACCAGCGAUGCUACCGUCGGGCCACGGUGGGUAGCAAGUGAGUGUAGUGGUGAACCCACAGACGCUACUCAACUCUGUUCCUCCCAAAUUGUGGAUUAUAUGGGGCCCUUUUACAAAAAAUAUGCUCCGGUGUUCUCAAGUGUAGUCACUAGCGACUGUCCACGAAAAUGGAUAAAUGAUAACUUUAGUAACGUGCCUCUGGACGAUUGUUCGGCAAACAGAUACGAGUGUUGUGAGGUUCCUACCACUACUGGUUAUGUGAAAAUCGGAAGCAAGUUUGCGGCCACUACAUAUAUAGAAUGCGAGUGCAAAUGCCCACCGUUCCUUACCUGUACUGAAUACCCAAAACCCAUUGCACAGUAAAAUAAUAAUUACGUACUUAUUUUGAAGUCAAGAGCACACUGUCGUUAAGAAAUCGCGAAUAAAGCAAACUUUCUUAUCUGGUA